AUGGGUGUGGCAAAGGCAACUGCGGCGUUGAAGAGAGAAUUGCAGAGACUUGUGAAAGCUAUAGUUGAUGACGAUAAUUACAGCGAAGAGACCACCGAUCAGGCCAUGAAGACCUUGUAUUCUAUCAAGAAAUUGAUUUGGAAGAGCUCUCUAUCUUUGGGACUCGACAGUUCAACUCUUCCUGAUGAAUUUAAUUGCCCUCUUUCGAAAACGCUCAUGAAAGACCCUGUUGUCUUGGCCACCGGUCAGACAUAUGAUCGUCUAUGCAUUGAAAACUGGUUGAAAGAUGGUGAGAGAACAUGCCCCCAAACCCAAGAAAUCCUGUCCUACACGAUGCUUACCCCUAAUCUCUUGGUACGGGAUAUGAUUUCACAAUGGUGCAAGAAGAAUGGCAUGGAGCUCCCAAACCCUGUCCCGGAUCCUGAUGAGGAAGUAAUCACAGAUGCAGAGCGAGGCCGUUUGAAUUCAUUGCUUGAGAAAUUAUCCUCUUCUCUUUCUGAUCAGAAAGAGGCUGCAAAAGAGCUAAGGCUGCUGACCAAACGUAUGCCACAUUUCCGGGCUAUUUUUGGACAAACUGACAAUGCCCUUUUCCGAUUGCUCAAGCCGCUGUCACCUGGGUGGGCUAAUACCCAUCCUGAUUUACAAGAGGAUUUGAUCACUACAGUCUUGCAUGUCUCAGUACACGACAACAAUAAGAAGUUGGUCACAGAUAAUCCAGUUGCCAUCCCUAUACUUCUUGAAUCCUUGAAAUACGGUAACAUAAACACAAGAAGCCAUGCUGCAGCAGCUAUUUUCGCAUUCUCAGACCUUGAUUCCAACAAACAAAUAUUUGGAGAGGCGGGUGCUCUCAAACUUUUGGUAAACCUCUUGGAAGAAGGGCAUUUGUUAGCCAUGAAGGAUGCUGCUUCAGCAAUUUUCAACCUAUGCAUUGUCCCUGAGAAUAAUGCAAGGGCAGUGCAUGAGGGGGCAGUCAAGGUUGUUUUGACGAAGAUCAUGGAUGGUAUACUCGUUGAUGAGUUGUUGGCUAUUCUUGCCUUACUCUCCAGACAUGAAAAGGCUGUUGAGGAGAUGGGGGAGCUUUGUGCAGUACCUUGCUUGCUUAGUAUUGUAAGGGACAACACCAGUGAACGUGCCAAAGAGCAUUGUAUUGCAAUCCUUUACACAAUAAGUUCUCGUGAUCAAACCAAAUUGAGGGAGAUCAAGGAAGAGGAAGAUGCCAGUGCAACUAUCUCCAUGCUUGCAGAAUCUGGGACUUCGAGGGCCAGGAGGAAGGCAAAUAGCAUCCUUGAGAGGCUGAAUAGAGCUGCUUCACAUCGUGCUUGA